CAAGUCUAUUGCAAUUGGGAAUAUGCAAAUUGCUUUGAACUCAAACUACUGCCUUUAUAGAUGCCAAACCCAUCGGCUUCCUCAACUUCAGCCCUUUCUGCUUCCUUGUUCCACAGCCUUCAGAUUCCCAACCCUAAGCCCCCUUCAUUGCAGAGCAAUGGCUUCAUCUCCACCUUCCGUCCAAGUAAGGGACAGCAUUGAUCUGACGCCCAAGGAGACCCAGAUUUUCCAGAAACUUCUCCAAGUUGUUCGCCACUUUUCUCUCCGAACUCAGCUCCGCGUCGCCGGCGGCUGGGUCCGCGACAAGCUUCUAGGGAAGGAAUGUUAUGAUAUCGAUAUUGCUCUGGAUGACAUGCUAGGCAGAGAGUUUUGUGAGAAGGUCAAUGAUUACUUGUCAUGUACUGGGGAGGAAAAGCAAGGAAUAGGUGUUAUUCAAUGUAACCCUGACCAGUCCAAACACUUGGAAACAGCGAGGAUGCGCCUUUUUGAUGAAUGGAUUGAUUUUGUAAACUUAAGGUCUGAAGAUUAUAGCGAAAAUAGCCGGAUCCCUACAAUGAGAUUUGGCACUGCCGAAGAGGAUGCAUACCGAAGGGAUUUAACCAUUAAUAGCUUGUUCUACAACAUCAACACCAGUUCUGUUGAAGAUUUUACUGGGAGAGGCAUUGAGGAUCUGAAGUCUGGAAAAAUAGUUACACCAUUACCUCCAAAGGAUACAUUUUUAGAUGAUCCCCUACGAGUUCUUCGGGCUAUCCGUUUUGGUGCCAGGUUUGGGUUCAUACUAGAUGAAGAGUUAAAGUUGGCUGCUGGUUGUGAUGAUGUGAGAGCUGCCAUUGCGGAUAAAAUUAGCAGAGAACGUAUUGGUCAUGAAAUUGAUCUUAUGAUCUCUGGCAAUGAGCCGGUUAAAGCAAUGACAUACAUCUGUGAUUUGCUAUUAUUUUUGGUUGUCUUCAGUCUUCCUCCUAUUUUUCAGCCUGCCAUAUCUGAAGAAUGUGAUAGGCUCUGCAUUGGUUACAUCGAUGCUGGAUGGAACCUAAUACAAUUAAUUGGAUCCUCUACUUUCAAUGAUGAACAAAGAAGGCUCUAUUUGUAUGCGGCUUUGUUUCUUCCAUUCAGAAAGACACUGUACGAGGGUGGCAAAGCUAGAAAGGCUUCUGUUUUGGGCUUAUGCUUUACUGCACCUAUGAUUCCCGUUGUCAACCACAUCAUUCGGAACUCUCUUAAGCUAAGAGCUAGUGAUGCUGACACGGUUGUAAGCAUACACUGUGCAGUGGAGAAAUUCAUUUCCUUGAUUCCCUUCAUUGAAUCCACUGAAAGCAUUCAAAUUUCUGAAGCUGAAUGGGGAAUUGAAAUUCUUGAUCUUCCUGUUACUUCAAAAUUGCGAAUAUUGACAGGGUUGCUUCUGCGGGAAAUCAAAGGUUUUUGGCGAGUUGCCUUGAUGGUGUCCACAUUAUUAUACCCAAAUGAUAUUAAUCAUACUCAGGAUAUUUCGAAGAAUAACUUUCAGUUGGAUAAGAGAAGAAAGGUUUUUGAAAUGGUUGAGAAUGCCAUUGUCGGACUAGGUCUAGAGGAAGUUUGGGAACUGAAACCCUUGGUUAACGGGAAGGAUAUCAUGAAUGUUUUGCAGCUUAAAUCUGGAGGGCCGCUCGUGAGGGAUUGGCAACAAAAACUGAUUCAGUGGCAGCUUGCACAUCCCUCGGGGACUGCUGAGGAAUGCCUUGAUUGGAUGAGGCAAAAGCGGCCAAAGCGCGAGUAACUUGUCAACUGCUUUCACCUUUUUGUGGAACCCUAAUCUCAUAUGAGGCAAAGGACUGUUUCUGAAGUCUCUACCUUUUCUUGGAGGGUCUUGAAGCUGGGCUACGAAUUGAAACCCCAGCAGCAUGGCAUCCCUGCCAAAGUGGAUUGUACAUAUUCACAUUUUUGCAGCAUUAUAACUUAGUCGUCAUUUCAUUAGCCAUUUUGUUAGUGUGUCAUUUCUUAAUCAUAAUCAACUUUGUAGUAACAAUUUAUUUAUUGUGUAAUUUGGAAUUCCAAGUAUAUAUAUUAAAUGAAAGCUCCUUGAGGAGAUUAAUUGUAGUUGA